GAGAAUCGUCAGAACGCUCUCAGCCAGUGAACAGUGAGGAGAAACUUUAAUACAAGUGUGCGCUAUGUCUCAAUCCCUUGCUAAUAUGAUUGCCGAGAAUAAUACUCAUUUCUUUGAAGGAGUGGAGAAACUCAUGGAAGUGUGGUUUACUAGGAAGGAUGGAAUGACUUCAAAUUGUGAUCUGAGGAAAAUCCCAAGAUCACAGCUGGAGGCGGUGAUGCAGAUAGUGAAGUGCGAGAUUAUCUCCACCACCUCCACUGAAGAAAUUGAUGCUUAUCUGCUCAGUGAGUCAAGCAUGUUCAUCUCAGCUCGUCGGUUCAUCCUGAAGACGUGUGGCACAACCACCCCAUUAUGUUGCUUGCCUGUGCUGAUAUCCCUGGUGCAGGAGUAUGCUGGAUAUGACCAUGUUCAGGACCUGUACUACUCGAGGAAGAAUUUCAAGCGACCUGAGCUGCAAGUGUCUCCUCACCGGACAUUUGAAGAAGAAGCCUCGAUCUUGGACCAAUUUUUCCCAGGUGGUCGAGCAUAUUGCAUGGGUAGUGUGAACCGUGCUGAUUGUUGGUACUUGUACACGGUGUCACCUGGUCGUCCACGGUACCGUCCCAAUGCAGCUCGCCAUAACCUCCCUCAUAAUCGGAUUGGCAAGAUACACCGUGAACCUGAUCAGACACUGGAGGUAUUGAUGAUGGAUCUGGACCCUGAGAAAAUGAAAUGGUUCUACAAGAAUAUUUGUCCAACUGCUGCUGAGGCCACCAAGAAAUCUGGCAUUGAUCGACUGAUCCCUGAAAUGAUGAUUGAUGACUACCAGUUUGAGCCCUGUGGGUAUUCCAUGAAUGGCUUGAUGCGCAGUGUGCCUAGUUCCAGGAAAGGUUAUGGAGGCUACAUGACGAUCCACAUCACCCCGGAACCAGAGUUCUCUUAUGUGUCCUUCGAAACCAACGUUCCCCAGAAAUCAUACAAAGAUCUCAUUGCUCGUGUUGUUGCUACCUUUGGGCCGAAGCAGUUUGUGUUGACCUUCUUCACCAGUGUGGAGAGUGGUGCAAGUAUUGGCAUAGAAGAUGACAGUUGCAGCGUGCCUCAGUACUCCGAUUAUGAUGUUGAUGAUAUUCAGAUCUGCCGCCUCCAGGGGUAUGACUUGACUUAUGCCCUCUACAAUAGGUUCCCAAGUUAGGGAAUCGUCCCCCAAGGUGGGCAGUUUGAGACUCUCUUGACAACAAGCACAAAAUCAGGAAAGGAAUCCCCAACUGAACACCUCACUCAGGUUGUUGACUAUAUCAUUGUAAAGUCAAAGCAGAAUAAGGAAGAGCUGAGGUGUUCAAAAGGGAGAAAAAAUUCACAAUUGAAGUGCUAUAUGUAUGUAUUGUCAAGGGGAUGCCAACUGCUCCAAUAUUUCCUCCAUUUUAUCUUUCUUGGGAUAGUUAUCCCUACUAUAGGUAGACUAGCA